AUGGCCCCUAAGGGCGUUAAGAAAGAAGAUCGAGGGGCAGAGAAAGCGAAGAUGAAAGCCCGAGAGAGGGUCGCUGAGGACAAGACCUUCGGCCUCAAGAAUAAGAAUAAGUCUCACAAGGUCCAGAGGUAUGUACAGGAAGUCCAGGCAGCGGCGAAGGCCAAGCCGGGUCAACGGGGACCUCAGAAGAACGAGUUCGAGAAACGGGAGGACAAGAAAAAGGAGGAACAACGGAAGUUCCUCCUGCAGUCGAUUUUCUCCGGAGUGCAAUUAGAGACGAAGAAGGAUAAGAAGAAGGCAGCUAAGCAGAAGAAGAAGGAAGAGAAGUACGGCAAGAUCGAUCUCUAUUCUGAUAACCGGAACAAUAAAGAGAGCGAUGAAGAGAAGAAGCAGGAUACUAUGGAUCAUUGGGACCAGGCCAAGCUGGAACAGGUCAUCAAAACGAAGCAUAAUGCUUCCAACCAAAACCAUCCUACUGAGAUUAUCUGCAAGUACUUCCUCGAUGCGGUCGAGAAGGGCGUCUACGGAUGGUUCUGGGUGUGUCCUAAUGGCGGUGAUAAGUGCAAGUAUCGGCAUGCUCUGCCUCCUGGAUACGUGUUGAAGAAGAAGAAAGCGGAUGAUGAUGACGAUUAUGAUAAUGGCCCGUCAAUUGAUGAGAUCAUUGAGCAGGAGCGACAAGCCUUACCCGCAGGAGGUACUCCCGUCACGCUUGAGACUUUCACAGCGUGGAAGAAGAAGAAACAAGAGGAGAGGGAAGCAGAGGAAGAGCGGAAGAAGCAGGAGCGUAUUGCCCAGGCUAAGAAGGAGAAGCGGAGUGUUAUGUCCGGGAGGGAUCUGUUCACCUUCGAUCCGACAUUGUUUGUCGAUGAUGAUGAUGCGAGCUCGGAUUCUUCCUAUGAGGAUGAGUCCGAUGAGUCCGAUGAUGAGGAAGAUGACGAAGUUGAUGUACUCGAUAAGUGCUCUACACCGCGUAGCGAAUUUUAUCAUUCUCAGACUCCUCAGCAUGUUCUCCAGAGCUCUGCCGCCGCUGCCUUGUUCUCAAAGGAUGAGGAACUGCCCGAUGACGAUUGA